AUGGCUGAACAGAAAUCGGAUACCUCGGACGUUCAGCGUUUCGACGAAAUGUGGUUGCAUCUGACCCCUCGUGGGGCCACCGUCCCAUACAGUGUUUGCCAUGAUUCCGACGGCAAUGUCUGGGUGAGGUAUACACGUCUUGUCUUCGUAGCAACUAAAGGAGGCUUGUUUAAAUUCGAUGGUAAUCGAAGGACUACGAUGUGGGAGCGAAAGAAUUUGUUUCCGAAAAAAAUGGCGCCGUUCCCACAAGUCGCUUUUUAUAAUGGAACGAUUGUCUACACCUGUGCUGAGGAUAAAGAACAAACAACGGAACUUCGUUUCUUUACUAUGUCUGGAGAAAUGAUACACGAGCAGUUUAUUGAUGGACUCUUUAUAUCGCUGACUAUUUCGGAUAAUGGUGACAUGUUUAUGAGUAAACAACCAACAGGAUCUGAUUCUAUCAUAUACCGAGCGUCUAUAGAGACACCACUUGCGUGGGAAGAAGUUAUCAAGUCCUCGGAUGAUGGUUUCUACGCAUUGUGUUCCCUUGACAACAACACUCUUGUUGCUGCUAUGUCGACUCGCCCUGUAAAUAUGUUUUCGAAGCAAAGAAUGGUUCUCAUCGAUACCAAUUCUGGAAAGAUUCGAUCGUCAUUCAGCAAAGAAGGGAAGAAAUCCAGCGAUAUAUUCUUUCCUAGGGCUAUCCGCAAGUAUGGUGAUGAUAUGAUUAUUAUGGAUAAGUCGGGACGAUUUAUGUGCUUCUCUGCUGACGGGAAAUAUAAAGGAUUAUUAGCAGAGAUAGACGCCUACCUUGCAAACAGCUUUUGCAUCAAGGAUAAUGCGGCACUGAUGGCACUUAGUGGCGUAGUUCUGGAUCAUGAGAACCGAACAAUCUGUGAUGAUUGGCUGGAAUGGAUAGACCUCGACGGUUCUUCAUGGAGGAAACAACGAGAGCAACGGAAUGCUAAGAAAGUUUCUACUUAG